GUGGACAGACACCCUGCUGCUCUCCCUGGUGUUUUAUCCGCCGCGCCUUGCUCGCCGUCGCGUCGCGUGUGGCUCGCCUCGACCAUGGCGACGGCGGCGCGGCGCCUCCUCGCCUUCCACCUCCGCCACCCGCCUGCGCACCCCCUCGCUGCCAUUUCCACUGCCGUUCCCCGCCGCCGCAAGCACGACGCGGUCGCGUGCAGAGCCGCGGCGGGGAAGAGCAAGCGACAGCAGAGGCGGGCGCUGGAGGAGCACCUCAAGCGGCGGACGCGCUCCGGCGCCGCCUUCGACGCCGAGCUCUACCGGAGGCACUCCCACGCGCAGCACGUCCCAGUCAUGCUCGGCGAGGUCCUCGCCGCGUUCUGCCGCCCCCUCCCGCUCCGCUCCUUCGUCGACUGUACCCUCGGCGCAGCCGGCCACUCCCUCGCCAUGAUGGAGGCGCACCCGGAGAUGGAGCUAUACAUUGGCAUGGAUGUCGACCCCUCCGCGCUGGAGAUUGGCCAGAACCGCAUCGAGGCCUUCCUUGCUAGCAGGGAAACUGAUGGAGGAGACGAUGAAGAUGCCUUACAAGGAACGCUGUGUGCAUACACUCACGCCAAGAAUUUCAAGUACAUCAAGCAUGUUCUUGGUAGUGUGGAUGAGAACAUUGCUGUUGGCACAUCUGGAGUUGACGGAAUCCUCAUUGACCUUGGCAUGUCAUCCAUGCAGGUGAACAGAUCAGACAGGGGAUUUAGCGUGCUUCAGGAUGGGCCACUUGAUAUGCGCAUGGAUCCUAAGGCAACUCUGAAAGCAGAAGAUAUCUUGAAUUCUUGGCCUGAUCUUGAAGUUGGGCGUAUCCUGCGUGAUUAUGGAGAGGAAAGCAAUUGGCAUUCCCUUCAGAAGCGAAUUGUUAAAGCCCGGGCUAUGGGGGGUUUGCACUCAACAGGGGAGCUUGUCAAACUUAUCCAAAGAACAUGUACCGGUUCAGGAGGAAGGCAAGGCUGGAUUAAGACUGCAACAAGGGUAUUCCAGGCCCUAAGAAUCGCAGUUAAUGAUGAGCUCCGAACGUUAGAAGAUGCGCUUCAUGCAUGCUUUGACUGCCUAGCAACAGAUGGUCGCCUUGCAGUAAUCUCAUUCCACAGUUUGGAGGACAGAAUUGUGAAGCAAACUUUUCUGGAACUUAUUCAUGGAGAUGAGGCAGACGAUGAUGAAGACUUGGCGAGUGCAGACAUUGGUAGUGAAGAUGAACCAUGGUUUAAACAGAGAGUGCGUGGGAAGAACGGGACUGUCCUAACAAAAAGGCCAAUAUCUCCUUCAGAAGAGGAGGAAGAACUGAAUCAGAGGUGCAGAAGUGCCAAGCUGAGAGUUAUUCAGAAGACCUGAACCUGGAUCGAUUAUAGAUGACUAAAUUCUGAGCUCUGAAGGAGCAGUGAGGACAUCCGUUCCGUCAACUGUUUUAAGUCAGAUAACAUGCGCAAUUGCAGUUGCAACAAGAAUCACUGAAAAAACUAGCUCAAGAGGAUGAAAUGGUCAUAUUAUUUUUGGGGUGGGUAACCUGGAGAGUAGAGGCUUAGGUUAGUCCAAAAACGAAUCGCUCUACCACCAUUUUGCUCCCCCAUUCACUGAACUCUGUAGCAAUAGUUCUUAGGCAAUGUUUUAGAAAAACCAUGUUUAUAGUCAAAGUUGUACAAAAACUACGGAUAUUAUGAGUUAUGGCAUAUCACCGCAGUUUUUAUGGUUAAAUGAUUUCA